UGCCUCGCCUCUCUGCCUCUGCGUGUCUCUCUCUCUCUCUCUCUCGCUUGCUCGCUCUCCUCCUUCCAGCGCUUUCCCCCCACCCCGUUCCCUCCUCUUGCAGGAGCCUCCUGCCUACCCGCCCCGCCGCUCUCCUCCUCUCUCUCUCCCUGCCUGCCUGCCUGCCUUCCUUCUUCCCUCCCUUUUCCCCGCCAUGCCGGACCAGAUCUCCGUGUCGGAAUUCGUGUCCGAGACCAAUGAGGAUUACAAGUCGCCCACCGCUUCCAACUUCACCACCCGGAUGGUGCAGUGCCGGAACACCGUGGCCGCCAUCGAGGAGGCACUGGAUGUUGACCGAACUGUUCUUUAUAAAAUGAAGAAAUCCGUAAAAGCCAUAAAUAUUUCUGGGCUUGCUCAUGUGGAAAAUGAAGAACAGUACACUCAAGCACUGGAGAAAUUUGGAGGAAACUGCGUCUGCAGGGAUGAUCCAGAUUUAGGAACAGCAUUUCUAAAAUUUGCAGUAUUUACAAAGGAGUUGACGGCGCUCUUCAAAAACUUGAUCCAGAACAUGAACAACAUCAUCACUUUUCCACUGGACAGUUUGCUGAAAGGAGAUCUAAAAGGAGUGAAAGGGGAUCUGAAGAAACCUUUUGAUAAAGCGUGGAAAGACUAUGAAACAAAAGUGACAAAAAUAGAGAAAGAGAAAAAGGAGCACGCUAAAUUACACGGGAUGAUACGUACAGAAAUAAGUGGGGCUGAAAUAGCAGAAGAGAUGGAGAAAGAGAGGAGGUUCUUCCAAUUACAAAUGUGUGAGUACCUGCUGAAAGUCAACGAGAUCAAGAUUAAAAAAGGAGUUGACUUGCUUCAAAACCUGAUCAAGUAUUUCCACGCACAGUGCAACUUCUUUCAGGAUGGUCUGAAAGCAGUUGAAAGUUUAAAACCAUCGAUAGAGAAGCUCUCCACAGAUCUUCACACAAUUAAGCAAGUGCAGGAUGAAGAAAGAAAGCAAUUAAUUCAACUUAGGGACAUUUUAAAAACUGCACUUCAGGUUGAGCAGAAAGAGGAUUCUCAGCUCCGUCAGAGUACGACUUAUAGUUUACAUCAACCUCAGGGAAAUAAGGAACACGGCACUGAAAGAGAUGGUAGCCUCUAUAAGAAAAGUGAUGGAAUCAGAAAAGUGUGGCAGAAGAGGAAGUGCACGGUUAAAAAUGGUUUCCUUACAAUUUCCCAUGGUACAGCAAACCGGCCUCCUGCAAAGCUCAAUCUGUUAACUUGCCAAGUGAAAACAAACCCAGAAGAGAAAAAAUGUUUUGACCUCAUAUCACAUGACCGAACGUAUCAUUUCCAAGCAGAGGAUGAACAGGACUGUCAAAUCUGGAUAUCGGUGCUACAGAACAGUAAAGAAGAAGCUUUAAAUAAUGCAUUCAAAGGCGAUGACAACACAGGAGAAAACAACAUUGUCCAAGAACUGACAAAGGAAAUCAUCUCUGAUGUACAGAGGAUGCCUGGAAAUGACACGUGCUGUGACUGUGGGGCACAAGAUCCUACAUGGCUCUCAACAAACCUGGGCAUCUUAACUUGCAUUGAGUGUUCAGGAAUCCAUCGGGAACUUGGCGUCCACUAUUCCAGAAUGCAGUCGCUCACGUUGGAUGUGCUGGGAACAUCCGAGUUGCUGCUUGCCAAAAAUAUUGGGAAUGCGGGAUUUAAUGAAAUUAUGGAAUUUUGUUUGCCGGGAGAUGAAAUGGUCAAACCCAACCCAAGCAGUGAUAUGAAUCAAAUUGAAAACGUCAACCUCCACAAGUGUACAGAUCACAUUCUCACACAGAUGAAUGCAAGAAAAGAUUAUAUUAAUGCCAAAUAUAUUGAAAGAAAAUAUGCAAGGAAGAAACACUCAGACAAUGCAGCUAAACUGCAGAGCCUCUGUGAAGCGGUCAGAACCAGAGACAUUUUUGGAUUGGUUCAAGUGUAUGCUGAGAAUGUGGAUCUCACAGAGAAAAUUCCACUCGCAAAUGGGCAUGAACAAGACGAAACUGCCCUUCAUCUCGCUGUGAGAUCUGUUGAUCGGACCUCACUCCACAUAGUUGACUUCUUGGUGCAGAACAGUGGCAACCUGGACAAGCAGACAUGCAAAGGUAGCACUGCUCUUCAUUAUUGUUGCUUGACAGAUAAUGUUGAGUGCCUCAAACUGCUCCUGAGAGGGAAGGCUUCCAUCGAAAUAGCCAAUGAUGCUGGAGAGACGCCGCUCGAUAUAGCUAAACGCUUAAAACACACGCGCUGUGAAGAGCUGCUCACCCAAGCUCUGGCUGGAAGACUUAAUUCUCAUGUUCAUGUAGAAUAUGAGUGGCGAUUACUUCAUGAAGACCUGGAUGAAAGUGAUGAUGAUGUGGAUGGAAAUUUACAGCAACCAAGCCCUAACCGAAGAGAGGACAGGCCUGUGAGUUUCUAUCAGCUAGGAUCGAGCCAGCUUCAGCCUAACGUGGCAUCUUUGGCUAGAGAUGCUGCCAAUAUAGCCAAGGACAAGCAAAGAGGCUUUAUGCCGAGCCUCUUGCAGAACGAGACCUAUGGAGCCAUACUCAGUAGCAGCCCACCUCCUACGCAGCCUGCAGCACCAGUCACAAGUGCACCUCCUUUGCCUCCCAGGAAUAUUGGGAAAGUUCAGUCUUCAUUUCUUGGCAGUGCUGUUCAGACAACUCCUUCAUCGAACACACUGUGGAAGACAAAUUCUUUAGGAAUGGAAAGCAUAAGCAGGCAAAGGUCUUCAUCUGAUCCACCAACUGUCCAUCCCCCUGUUCCGCCAUUGCGUGUAACAUCUACAAAUAUACUCUCUUCAGCACCACCUCCCGUUUCAAAGACAGCCAGUGUUCUCGAAGCUUUGAGCCAGCAGUCAAAACAGCCAGUGGUGCCACAGUCCAAGCCUACGCCGCCGCCACUUCCUCCCCAGCCUCCAAGUAGAAUUUCUCAGAAAAAGCCUGCUUCUGGGGCAGACAGGUCGGCCAAGAGUAAAGGACCUGGAUCUCUGCAGCAAUCUUCUGGAGAGUCUUCAUCUUCAUCUGCAUCUGAGAUUUCUGGAUCCCAAGUUGUCCCUUCUGCAAACAUGACAGCACCCGUCCAACCUCCAGCUCCAAUGCCAAGGAAGUCUCAAAUAUCAAAAACAAAGCCCAAGAGAGUAAAAGCCAUUUAUAACUGCGUAGCUGAUAACCCAGACGAGCUUACAUUUUCAGAGGGCGAUAUCAUCAUAGUUGAUGGUGAGGAAGAUCAGGAGUGGUGGAUUGGGCAUAUUGAUGGAGAUCCUAACCACAAAGGAGCUUUCCCUGUAUCAUUUGUGCACUUUAUUGUUGAUUAAACUGCUCGUUGCAGGUGGAGAGACUUUGCAUUUCCAGGUAUCACUGGAGCUCUCUGCCUGGAAUUAGAUGCUCCACCAGGAUGCUUCAUGAAUGAUACACCACUGUGUACUCUUUGUUGUGGCAAUUCAUACAACAGAACUUAAAGUUUUUGAAUCGCCCAAGGAAGAUUUACUUUGUAGUAGGCAGAUCCACUUGAACUAUUUUUCAUUGUGAAUUCUGGAAGACCAUUAAAAAAAACACAACCAUUAACGCAACAGAAAAAAAUAUGUGAAACUGAUUUCAAAUCUCCCUUUUAGACUUUCUCACUAACCUGUGCACCAGAGCUUAUCUCUUCAGCAAAUAAGGGAAUUUCUGAUGCACACCACAGGGUUCAGAAUUUUAAAAGUGGGUAGACUAGCAGAGAGAUUAAUGGCCUGACUGCACUAAUAUAUUACAUUUCAGUACCAAUUUCAGGUGCCUCUAAUGCAUAUCUGAUCUUUGUUUGCACUCAGUGUCUUUGAGACCUGUCACAGGACAAUGUAGCUGCAGUGAAAACUCAGUUUUAAGAGUGGCAGUUACUUCCACUUUUUACUCAGUACACUACAAAAACAUGAGGCUAGAAAAUCUGCCCAUCUCUGAUUCCUCGUCCACAUCCAUUGAUUGGCUAAGUUGAAGAGCUUGGCGGACUUGAGGGUGGAGUACUUGACUACAUUGCAAAAGUACAAAGAAGUCCUAAAAGAGCACUAAGUAGUAACAAAGGGCAGAACACAGAGAUUUUCAGGCUGCUUGUCUCUGAUACUUGGUGGCUUGUGUUUUCAGGCAAGACAUAAGCAUCAUCCACAAAGGACUGGGCUCGCUCUUCCAGCACAAUAAUUCUCCUACUGAAGCCUCAUUGAUUUUGAUUGCAUUGGGAUUUGCUGUAGGCACCCCAUGUGAGUGAUAAUUAUAUACCUGCCAACAACCCUUAGCUGGGCAGAAUGCUUUAAAAGGUUUUGCAAAGCUUGAGUCCAACCAGGGACCAAAAUCUGUUGCCCGAGCAACAAUUAAAGGGAUUCAGAUCUAACAACCAAACCCUAGCAAAUAUUUCUCUAUGAGUAAGCCCCAGUGCAUUUUCCUGUGACAGCACUAAUGGGGCCCAAACACCUAAUGUAGGUGCUAUUAGGAUCUGAUAUACUGUCCCAUAGACAAAGGGAUGGGGAGGAGUCAUCAAUUUAUGCAGCCAGGAAAGAAGAGCAUGCUUGUGAGUUCCCUGCCUACUUCUUCUACAUAUAUGAUAAGGAAGAUGCAGACCCAUGCAGAAGUACAUGCUGCAGCUCUGUUGUUUAUCCCCUCAAGGGAAAAGUUAUUCCAAAGUCUGUUUCCCCUGACUCGUUAGGGCAGGGGGAGAAAGCCUCUGAGCCUCUUCUUUUUCCAUGGAAUUGUCAUAAAAGAACGCAGGCAGAAACAGAACCUGCCAUAUAUCCAGUUUCUGCCAUUUGUCCAUACUAGUAACAGGGCUGCCUCCUGUGAUCUGUGGGCAUAAACUCUAGAAGGAAAUGUUGUUUUUCAAGCUGUUCGAAUGUGGAGAAAUGCAACAUGCUCACGCUAGCCCCCCAAAAAACGAGUAUUUCCAUACUUGGAUCAUAUGAAAGUUUGUCUAGAAAGGCCCAUUAAAGAGAUAUUUUAAUAAUUGGAUGUAGAUAUUUACUUUAAACCCUGAAUCUGUUUACCUCAAAUUUGUAAAUAUGAGGAAUACGAGGUCAUACUUUUCUAUACAAAAUAUACAUUUAAUGUAUAUUUUAUUCUAUUCUUAAAGAGUCAUCGAGGUAACAAAACCCAGGACAAAAUUAUUGGUAAAUAAAUGUGGAUUACACAUUUGCUGAAAUUUUUGUUGCAGUUCUUUUCUUCGAACACAAAAAAAUGUGUUCUCUAGCAUUAUUUUUAUUUUUUAAAAAACAACCACGGUGGCUAUGUUCACACCUAAGACUAUUGUCGUGGGACAAUGUAGUAGGGUAUUGAUCCAAACACCCUCUGUAUUAAGGUACACACUUCUGUCUUGCAAGCAAUUCCUUAUUUCUUUGCAGAUGCACACUGUGUACUUCUGUUCCUGAACAUGGUAGUUAACACUGUUAAUAAUUGUGAAUAGAUUUCAUAAUUCCAAAUUGGUAGACUAUUGCAGAAUAUUACAAAAAUGUCCUUUUAAUGUUUGUAUAUUGUGAUAAUUGUUAACGGUUUUUACUUUGCAUAUGCUACCGAAACUGUGCACUGGUAGCAUAGGAUUAGAAUAUCAACGUCCAGGUCACAUUGGCUUUCAUCACAAGUUUUGUGACUAUUGUAUCUCUAGAUUUAUCAAGAGAACUUUGAAUUUCUGACACAGAAAUUAUGUACAUAUUGGCUAGCGUAGGUUGAAACAGAUGGGGGGGGAAACAGGCCAAUUGGUAUAUUUAUAUUUGGGAUGGGAUGCUGUAUCUCAAACUGCCUUGCUAAAGUGGUACAUUUGAAGCAACUUGUCAGAUCUGCGGGUGCAAACCAGUGGGCUUAUAGUAAAACUCACUUUCGUACAAGCUGUUGCAUUGUAUAUGGGGACAAACUGGAAUGUUUCGAGAUGCUUUUAUUGCAAGUUUUAAAGCUAAGUCUGCAUAUUCAAAGUUCCCACUAAAUAUAUAUGUAUAUUAGAAAAAAAAUACUUUGCCACUACAAGUUUAUUUGGCUGCUGAUGAAUUCAGUUUGGCUACUGACACUAUUGGUUAUGUUUGUAUUCCUAGUAAACUAGCAAAUAAAUUGGCACAUUACUUUGCACAAUUCACUUAUGUACAGUAUUUUUUGACACAGAAUCUUAGUUAAUACAAUAUGCAGGAUAGGCAUAGGCUUUGGAAGCUUAUGUGGCCCUUAAAUUUCACAUUGGCCAGAAUCCAAGGAAAUGCACAAAUAGCUGUGUGAACCCAGAUGAAAGUUGCGCCUUCUGGCAAACAUCUUGUGAAACCCAGGGGAUUUUCAACUCUGACUUGAAUAUUCCUAAGGCCUUAGAUGUUUAGAACCCAGCCAUAUAGUGUGUAAGCUUUCAGCUGUUUUGGAAAAAUCUUAAAUAGUGGCCACUAAAAGAUUUUGAGUAAGAGUAUUUUUUCACACUACAGUGUGCAGACACUAGGCUUGUAACGCAAGACUGUUUCAAGAGUUCGUUUUUUGUUUCCGUGGCACUAUUUCACCCAAUUAAAUAGGAGACACUUUGCAUUUUUAGGAAUGACAGGUGCUAAAAUGUUCAGGUCUUCUUUCACAGCUGACAACAGGGAUGAUGGUGUUCAACAAACUGUUAGUGAGCAUGUAAGAUUACUUUUGUUUAAAUGUUUAAAAAAGGAGUAUAAGACACCUAAAAUGCAGUUCAGAAUGCUACUUGAGAUGUAUAAUUUUCAACGUGAUGGUUUUGAUUGUUUAGUUGCAGAGCAACUGUAUAUAUUGUAUAACCUAAAUCAAUUCUUAUUUUUAGUGUCUGGAUGCAGUGAUUUAUAAUUGGAGCAUGAUUAAUUUCACUUACGUUAAGCCAGUCACUUGACUGGAAAAAUAAACUGCUUUGAAGCCUCACCUUGACUUUUUUUAUUAAUUGAAUGUGAAAGCACUUAAUAGAUGAGCCACACUAGAAUAAAAUGAGUGAUUACCCGCUAUUCAGCCUUGAUGUAUUAAUGACAAAUCAGAAGACUGCUGACAAACUCUUGCCUUCAAUGCGAGUUCUCUCUUAUCUAAGACUUUAAACGAUUUCCAGUUCAAUCGUAUGGGGAGCAGGAGAAUGCAAAGUAGAGAAACUGCCCAACCCAAAGCCUGCUGUGCUCAUCCUUGAUGGAAAAUGGAAGGUGGGGUCUUUCUUCUUUAAUGUGAGGACACAGCCAAUCUACUGAAAGGCAAACAGAUAUGCUAAGCUCUGGGGCCAGUAUACUUUCCUCCCUGGGCUGGAGACAUGUCAUGCGAAAGAGAGGGCUUUGUAUCCAGGUGAUUCAAAGACUCCCUUGAUAUACCUUCUUUUACAUCCCUUUGUUUCAUUACUUACCAGCAGGGUAGCAGUGAGCUUCCAUACCUGCAGCAAGGCAGCUUGCAAGAAGCAGGCUUCCCCCUCCACCAGCAGAAAGGGAGAUCUACUCUAUCUGACGACCCCCUUAAUUUAUUUUCCAUUUUGCCGCCACUGCUAAAAGCAAUGGCAUCUGGGGGUGGUCAGAUUAGGCCAUAUUUAGCAAGACACAACUUCUAUUCAUUUUUUUAUUCAUUUACAAAAAUGGUAUAAAUCUUUGAAACACAAGAUUUGAUAUUUAGCACAGAAACUCAUGCACGGUCAGUUGAGCUUUGAGUGACAGUUUGGGAAACAUACAAAUGGUUGUUU